CACGAUUGCUAAUACAUGCGUUUAUGAGUGUGAUGUAAUAUUUCAUCGCUAGAUAACAUCACUACAUUCAAAUGAAAUUGCAUUUGUAGAACUUGGCAGGAAUUAUGUUUGCACUUUUCAACAUCUUCGUCUAGUAUAGUAUAUAUAUUCAUGAUGACAGAGGCGGAACCUCCUCAGGAAUCUCCGACAUUUCCAACCAGUUCCUGUUGGGAUCCACGUGUUGAUCGUAUAUAUCAGAAUGAAUCCCCUUCUAAGACACCCGCUAGUGUCAGGAUUAGUUUGUACGACAGAGAUCCUUCAAAUAUCAAUGAAAUAGUACGGGUCCAGUUUGAAGAUUUAUUUACUGAGCCUGAAGGAUCUCACAGUAUCGACGGUGUAUGGCGAGCGAGUUACAGAGUUUUCACUGGAACAAAGCAUUGGUGCUAUAGAAUACUGUCAGCAAUUUUUGCUGUCCCAUGCGCUUUCUGUUGGGGAUUACAUUUUGCUUGUCUGACGUUUUCUCACAUCUGGACCAUACAGCCAUCAUUGAGGUCCUGUAAUAUUGAAAUAUAUCCAAUGGCCAGACUCUGGGGAUUGUUUGUUCGAUCCUUCUGUGAUCCUUUCUGUGAAUCUGUUGGACUGAUGCUCAGUAAGAUCAAAAUAUCGAUCAACAAAAACAAAGAGUAAACUAUUUAUGUAACAAAAAAGCUCUAAUGAUAUUAAAUAACGGGUUUUGACAAUGCAAAUCAUAAAUUAGUUUAGAUUUACUUGUAA